CUUAUCAAAAUGAGAAUAUGAAUUUAAGUAAAAUAAGUUCUGCUGACUUGUUCGGUCAAGUUGUCAUUUGGAAUUUAAGUGGAAGAAACAUUCAACAAUCAUCAUCCCUCGCCAGUCACAUGCAGAGAAACCUGCAUAUAAACAAUGGUACAUCAUAUACGAACGGACAUACAAAAAAAUAA